UAAAUAUUAGAGGGGGCGUUGUCAAUGCACUGAAAAGUCUGAAAUGGAGAAAAACAAAUGUGAAUCACUUUCCAGUUGUUAUUUCGACAGUGCAGUUAUUGUUUUUGGCUUCCGAUUAUCUCAGGUUAGUCACCCAUUUCAUGGCAUUUGAUUUUACAAUCUGUGAAAUGAGUCAGCGAUGAUUGUUAAACUACCGUUAAGGUUGCACACAGCCCGUACGUAGAUGUUUAUUCGAUCAAGAUAUCUUCUCUUUCAUCAAAGUAGUUUGGGCUUUUUAUUCUUUCUUAAUCGACAUUCCUUUCGAUGUGGCCCCGCCAUUCUGCAUGUAUAGAAUCACUCGGCCCGUAGAAAAUAAUCUGACGUCUUAUAGAGUACAUCAGAAUGCGCGUGCGGAAUAAUGUAUUGAAAACAACAAUCGACUUGCUGCUGGAUGCUGCGGCCUCCUCGAUGACUUCGCUCUCAUAAGCCAAUUUGAUCUAAAAGGGGGGCUGACGUGACAUUCCUGCGCCAGCGUAGACGAGACGUCCGCCAUCAGAGGGCAAACGCCUUCCAUCAAACAACUCUGAAUGUGUGCGGAUGUAUAUAAAAGGACCCGCCGGAUCGACGGACCCGUAUAGAGUCUCGUAUAGUUGUCUGAUACCCAUCAUGUCCGUUUUAUUCAUCGUCGCUCUGUUUCUCUCGCCAGGAUUUCUAGUCGAUUCGACACAAAUUCCAGCAGGAUCGGCUGGCAACAAAUCGGAUGUCCAGCAGCAGCAUCGACAUGGACACAACAACAAGCGAUCCGUCGUCGUCUCUGAUGACGACGGAAUUUUGGCUAGCCAUCAGCAGCCGAGGAAAUUGGCCUAUUCCAUCUCCCUGGAUCCUGAUUCGAAUUUUCAUCUGUCCUGGACUCCCGAUUUCCAGCGGGAGCAAAUUCUAUUCCGCGUUGAUGUCCGCCAUUCGCCACCUCAGUCGUGGUUCGCCCUGGGCUUCUCCGACCGCGGCGACUGGGCCGGAUCCGAUCUCUGCGUCGGAUGGGAAGACUGGAAAGGAUCUUUGAUCGUCCAGGACGCCUACGUCGAUGGGUUGGGAGUGAUGCACGUCGACGAGCAUCACGACGAUUGCCGAAGGGCGUCUUACAAGCGCCGCAAGGAUGAUGGCGGCGUCGCUCGGCUGGAAUUCAUCCGCUCCUUUGAUACUUGCCAUCUGGACGACUACAAAGAAGAAGAUUAUCUGAUCGAAGAUGGAACUGUCCACGUCGUUUACGCAUCCGGUUCCGGCCCUCUCUACAGGAUUAAUGGCGUCUCCCCUACGACCGAAGACGUUGGAUUCCAGCGGACGCGUUUGCUUAAACCUCCGGUGACUCAGCAGAGACAUCCGAAAAUGAACGAUCCGCCUCGUCCGCUUUUGAUUGCCAACGUCCAGUUAAAUGUUCCGGCCCAGGAAACGACCUACUACUGUCGUGUCGUUCGUCUGCCGGAGCAUUUCAGCCGGAAGCAUCACGUUAUUCAGUUUGAGGCGGCCAUUGAAGAAGGAAGAGAGUCGAUUGUCCACCACAUGGAAGUGUUUCAUUGCGAGGCGCCACCGGAUGAAACGAUUCCGGAAUAUCGGGGCCCUUGCACCGAUCCCAGUCGACCCGAUUCGACCCGCGUCUGCAAACGGGUCCUUGCCGCUUGGGCUUACGGCGCUGGACCUUUUCUUUACCCUCCGGAAGCCGGAUUGCCGAUUGGCGGGCCGGAUUUCAACCCUUACGUCAUGUUGGAGGUUCACUACAACAAUCCAACAAUUCGCGGAGAUUGGGUGGAUUCAUCGGGAAUUCGGAUGUGGUACACGAGCCAUUUGCGUCAAUACGACGCCGGCGUGAUGGAACUUGGGUUAGAGUACACGGACAAAAUGGCCAUCCCUCCCGGCCAGGAUUCCUACACUCUGACGGGCUACUGUCUACCCCAAUGCACUGCAGUGAGUUUACCGAAAUCGGGAAUAACCAUUUUCGGUUCGCAACUUCACACUCACCUGCUGGGCUACCGGGUCGUGACCCAACAUUUUCGAGCUGAAGACGGACUGGAAUUGCCCGAACUGGACCGUGACAAUCACUACAGCACUCACUACCAAGAGAUUCGUUUGCUGGCCAACCCCGUCAAAGUCUUUCCGGGAGACGCCCUGCUGACGACGUGUUGGUUCGACUCCACGGAAAAGGAGAACGUGACUCUCGGCGGUUUCUCCAUUUCGGACGAAAUGUGCGUCAAUUACGUCCACUAUUUCCCGCGCAUCAAUUUGGAAGUUUGCAAAAGUUCUGUCAGCUGGCAGGCCUUGCGCAAUUACUUCAAAUUCGUUAACGAGUGGGACAAGCAGGCGACGAGUCCGUCGAACGGAGUGUCGGACAAUUAUCACGCGGUCGAGUGGACCCGACUGAGGGCGCAAACUCUGCGCGAUUAUUAUUCGGUGGCGCCCAUCUCGAUGCAGUGCAACCAGUCGAGCGGCGAACGAUUUCCAGGCAACUGGGAGGGACUGCCGUCGCCCGGAUUCCCGCUGCCUUUGGCGGAAGCGAUAAUGAACGGGACCCGAUGCCGAUCCCGAGGCGAAUUUGUCCCCGAUUAGGACACGUCAAUUAAAAUUGCGCAACGAAAAUUUGAUGGCACGAUUCAAAGUAGUUAUGGCGUAGCCUGAAUAAACGAAAACAAUUCACAUUAUACCGAAAUAAACUUAAAACACGCGACUUUAA